AUGGCUGUUGGACUGGUGGACUCUGUGGAGAAGGGACCAGUGACAGCAGCAGAGCUGACACCAGAACCCAGGGCUCUGGAAUAUUCUAAGCUGGGGAGGGAGGCUACUUGCUCUAGAGCACAGACCCGGGGGAGGACAGCUGGUGGGAGGGUGGCAGAGUUAGAGCAGGUGAAGGGGCAGAGCAGCCCCUUGUAUGGGGAGGUGGGUUUUAAGUCAGGUGUUUAUGCAUCCAGGCCUGCCCCUGUUCCCACCCCUGUCAUCCUGGGCUCUGAUUGCCCGUUCCUUGCCUGGGGAUCACGAGAGGCAGAGAACCCCACAGUGGAAAAAGCAGAGAAGCCUCUAUCCCUGGCCAAGAACGGGAAGAGUCCGUACCUCUAUCUGUGCUGCGGAAUCGGAGAGCUGGUGCAGGCCUUCGGCCGGCUGACCUCCAGCCAGGGGGGCGUUUUUUUAAUGAGCCAACCAGUGGAGGAGGUGCUCAUCCGGGAUGGCCAGGUGGUGGGCAUCAGGUCAAAGGAUCGGAUCGCCAGGUGCAGCAAGCAGCUGAUUUGCGAUCCCAGCUAUGCGCCGGACCGGGUGUGCAAGGUCGGCCAGGUCAUCAGGGCCAUCUGCAUUCUUGGGCACCCUAUUAGAAACACCAACGGGGCCAACUCGGGACUCAUCAUCAUCCCUUCCACCCAGACAAACCGCAGAUCGGACAUUUAUAUCUUCCUCACUUCAUUCGUACACAACGUGGCUGCACAGGGCAAGUACAUCGCCCUGGUGAGCACAACUGUGGAGAGUAAAGACCCCAAAAAAGAAAUCCAGCUGGCUCUGGAGCUCCUGGAGCCCAUUGAGCAAAAAUUCUUUUUCAUAAGUGACCUCCACAUGCCUAGUGACUUGGGGACCAAAAGUCAGAUCUUUGUAAUGACCUGCUACGAUGCUACGGUUCACUUUGAGAGCACCUGCGACGAUAUAAAGGAGGUCUAUAGAAAGAUGACAGGAUCCGAACUGAAAUUUGAAGAUCUGAAGAAAAGGAAGAAUUGA